CGAAGAGCGGGGACCUCCCCCGCGAGGGGGACGCCAAACGGGAGGCGGUGUUUGGGGGUCGCGCACACGCACAGGGUCACGCAGGCGCACGGCGUUUGCGCACGCGCACAACCCCUCGGCCGCGUAGCUCCGAUCUUGCAAAAACACCUCUCGAGAGGUUGAGCAGCUUGUACAAUGUCGGAAAUGAACGAGCUGUCCGAGCUGUAUGAAGAGAGCAAUGACCUGCAGAUGGAUGUGAUGCUUGGCGAGGGUGACCUUCCGCAGAUGGAGGUAGGCAGCGGGAGCCGGGAGCCAUCCCCGAACGCCUCCCGCAACGGGGCCCAGCCACAGCUCGAGGAGGAAGGCCCAAUGGAGGAGGAGGCGGCCCAGCCAAUGGCGGAGCCGCAGGGGGAACGAGGCCUUGCUAACCGGCCCAGCCCUGGGGAGCAGCCAGGCCUGAUCGCGGGCCCUGACUUCGAGAGCGAGGACGAGGGCGAGGAAUUUGAUGACUGGGAGGACGACUACGAUUAUCCGGAAGAGGAGCAGCUUAGUGGUGCGGGCUACAGAGUAUCAGCGGCCCUUGAAGAAGCCAACAAGAUGUUUCUGAGAACAUCCAGAGCAAGGGAAGCAGCCCUGGAUGGCGGGUUUCAAAUGCAUUAUGAGAAGACCCCGUUUGAUCAGUUGGCUUUUAUCGAAGAGCUUUUUUCACUUAUGGUUGUCAAUCGUCUGACCGAAGAACUCGGCUGUGAUGAGAUUAUUGAUAGAGAGUAAUUAAAUGCUGUUAAAAGAGGAGGAAAAGUUGAGGAGAGACCCAACAUUCCACUGCCUUUUGGGUUCAUUCCAGAUAGUACCGUGCCAAUGAAAAACUUAAUCUUCAAAAAAAGAUUUUUGUCGUUGUUUUGCAGAAUAGAAUAGGGCAGUGACUGCACAGUUAUAAAAAAGAAAAAAUUGUUAAAGAAGAAAAGGCAUUUUAGGACUGUGGAAAUCUGUUUUCAAGAACCUUCCUGAAACACCUGUGGCUUUGACUUUGUUAUUGAUCCAGAUUAUUCUCCUUGCAUUGGGGAAAAUAUCUUUCAUAUUUCACUGUAAGGGAUGGUUUUGCGAGAGUAAGUUAAUGUCAAGACAAACUGCCAAUACAAGAGCCCAAUGAUAUUAAUUACAUGAGAAAAAGUAACUAAUACAUCCAGUUUAGGACACGAGAUGUCUGAGUUAUUUGGACUGAAAACCCACUGAGAGAACUCUGAAGAUUCCACUUUAUGGUCUAUCCAAGCCAAUUAUCAAAGGCUACAUUUUUUUUAGUGUAAAAUAAAUUGGGUGUUCUUCAGUAUCCGAAAAGGAUAAACAAACCCAAAAAGAAAUAUGUAUCAGGUGAAAGACUUUGGUUGAACUUCAUAACAUAAGAACUGUCAAAGGGAACAUGUCAAGUAAAAGGAAAGCCCUGCAUCUAAAAAAAAGACUGAACAAUUAUGCCCUCAAUCUUUAAAGGUUUUAAACCUGCCCAGAAAUCCUCAUCAGUAUCUGAAGUUUCCCUCUGUCUCCUCCUCUAAUGAAGCUUGUUAUUGGUUAUGCACCAGCAUUCGAGAUAAUAAAAUUUCUUGUUCUGUGUA